AUGGUGACCCUAAAAAAUUAUGGUGACCCCACUGUCUACAGCAAUGAUGACAAAGCCCAGGCUGUAUAUGCCCUUCCUGGAUAUCACGAGGCCCCUGUGAUGGCAACAUCACACGUAUGUUGCAAGACUGUAAAAGGAGAUGGAAAUGAACUCACCAAGGAUGCCGAGGUGGGCCUGGUGAAUUACCUCGUGGCCUCUAUUUUCAGUCAGUUGGAUGUCAUGCAGGGAGACCACCUCGUAAGCCAAAGCAACAACUGUUACUCUUAUAGGUCCUUUAUAGAAUCGGUGCUCAGUUACAGCGACGACACCCUCGCCUCACAAUUUUCCAUCGGCCUAUUUUACAAAGACACUCCAAAACAUGAAGAAAUGGAGUUGGAUGGCGGGAAUCUAGGGUUUGUGUGGCGGGCAAAGCUGACGGCCCUGAGCAGAACGAUAGAGCUGUUGGGUCAUCUACAUAGAGACCUGUUUUUUCAAGAAAAACUUUUGUUGAAUGGUGUGGAUGUGAAAAUUAAACUGAUGUGCAGUGAAGAUACCUUCUGUUUAAUGGGCAGUGCAGCCGAAGGCUUUAAACUGCUCAUUGUAUCAGCAUUCCUUUUUGUGAAGAAAGUAAGGGUGGCCCCGGGCGUCUGUCUGGGGCAUGCGGAGGCCCUGCUUACCGCUAAUGCUAAAUACCCUGUGGACCAUGUGGGAAUGAAAGCGUUUAGCAUCCCUGCGAGCAGCAGGGUCAGUAAACAGGAGAACCUGUUCUUGGGACAGUUACCCAAAACGCUUGUCCUAGGAUUUGUGGAUAAUGAUGCCUUUAGUGGAAGUUACGCUAAAAACCCCUUUCAUUUUAAACAUUAUGAUAUUAAUUUUGUGGCCUGGUAUGUGGAUGGUGAACAUAUACCAACCAAGCCUCUGCAACCAGACUCCAAGGCCAGACACUGUAUGAGAGAAUACAUGAAUCUAGUACAGAUGGCUGGUAAACACAUGAAAGAUCAUUUUCUGUUAAUCAACCAUGAGGAGUUUGAGCAGGGUUACACCUUGUUUACCUUUGACCUGUCUCCCAACCAGGAAUGUGCCAAUCUCUAUUCCCGGAUUAAAACUGGGAUCCUGAGAGCAGAAAUACGUUUGGGAAGGCUUUGA